AUGGGAAACGAAACGAAUCAGGGCCGGGUUGUUCGAAGCUGGGUUAAGAUAACCCAAGGUCAGUGCAAAUUUCGAACUCAGUUAUGAGAGCUUUAAAAAGCCAAUUCAGUUGAUUUCUCUUUGCCUACAAUUUGAUGAUUGGAUAUGCUAAAAGAGUAGAGAAAAUUAUCCGGAGAGAGUGCUUUUGAUAUAAAGAAAAAGAAACCCGGGUUAAAAUUUAAGCCCGGGCUAGCGCUAACCGGCGUUCGAACAACUGGGACCAGGGCCCUAAAAUAAGUUCUCUCGACAGGGUAGCGAAAUGCAUGAUUUGUGUCUAAACCGAGUCAGGGUUUGAAAGCUUUGGCGGGACUUCGGGAAACGGGUUCCUGGUCUAAAUACGAUUUCCUUUCCCCUAUUUUUUCGAAAAUUGCAAAGAAGAACUUAGUAAUAAAAUGAUUGGUUUCAAGAGGGUCAAAAACGUGAAGAGCAAAAACGUGUCUUCAUGAUCACGCAUCCCGUGCCGGGAGCAGUCCUGUCAUGUCAGUAUAUCGUGUUGGCCUACGCAGAUGUUUCUUCACGUAAAUCAACUUGUAAUAGAGAAGAGAAGUGUGACGUCACGUUACCAUGGUAGCACUAUUUCUGGAUGACAACAAAACCAACGACGACUGCCACAGUAAGGAGAACGAAAAAAUAAUAUGUUUAUAUUAACAAAGAACAACUUUGCAAGUGCAUCACGCUAUUUUGUACACUUCUUUGCCGUCGUUGCACCACUACGACAUGAAACUUCUUAAUUUCACGAGCCCGCUUUAUGGAGUAGGUAAAAACAACACAAAAAAUUGUCGCUUUCUUUUUCUAAACUUAGAUAACGAUAAAUACGGCCCCGAAGAAAAUUUCGCCAAGAUUUGCCAAAUUAAAUUAAAUAAAAUUGAAUAAGAUCGGUGAAGUUUGAAAUAGUGCGAAUGGACUUUUAAGUGACUUUAUCGGUUUGUUGUCAUCCAAACAUUUUGCUACCAUGGCAACGUGACGUAACGACUUCUCCUGUCUAUUCAAACGGAAACUCAAUGAUCCCUCUUAUUAUCUGCGCACCCCUAACGCUCACUCCUCAUUAGGCCUUGGGAUAGACUUGCCGUAUAAACCGUUUCACUUCUAACCGCCUGGCCAAAAAAAAUCCCCGAAAUAUUAAAUUUCGUUUUGUAAAAUCGUAAGAAAUAAAUGGUACUCUGCAAAAGUUCUACUAAAUAGGUUUCAUUUGAAUACCAGCACCAUAGGAUUUCGCCCACAGAUUCAUUGUUGUUCCGAGCCUCUUUUUCAAAGGGAGGCUAAGUGCAACAUGAAAGGUUUUGCACUCAGUAGCCUCGUUUCUAAAGUGAAAGUUUAUGGAACUCGGCAAAAAUUACCUACUGUUGACAAAAGUCUGGUCGCUACUGCCCAAGCUAGCCCGGAAAGUGGGGGAUGGGUACUCCUGGGAAUUCUUGGCGGGGGUGUGCCUGACCCUAUUUCAGACCAAAAAAUGUUAUUUUCCAUAUCUGUUUUCAGACCAGACCUUUAAAAUCCAUACCCGUUUUCAGACCUUGCCUUUAGGCAGAAAUUAUGUCAUCAUUACUUAGAGUAGAGCGCAAACAAAAAAUUUCUUCAAAUGCAUUUCGAAUUCACAUAUUUCUAUUCAGUCGCUCUUAUUCAUUUGGGAUUUAAAAGACACGUAUGUUCAUACACUCCCGUAGUUUCCUCUAAAACUAUACCCAAUUCCAGACCAAAAUGGGAAAGUCUAUACCCGUAAUCAGACCAUGUAUUCGGUCGCUAGGGAAAAACAGCCAUCCUAUGUGCUAAAUUGAUAACAUACGUAUUUCUGCAUAAAAAGCAGCGCUAAAGGAAAUUCUGCACCGUUGUUAAUUUAGGUGUUGAAGACGCGUAUGUAUUCAAUUUUUUUUCAGGCUUUCUUUUUCGCAUCUAAGUUGCGUGCAUAACAGCGAUGAUUUUUCACGUAUGGAAAUUAAUGUUUUCUUUAAUUAAAACUUACUUUGACUGAAACAUUUUCCCCACACCAACAAACAACUAUGAUCGCAGGCUACCUAUAACAUCUUGUUUUCUUGUCUGCAUGAUACAAUUUACUGAAUAAUUGAUAGUGUACACAGCCAUCUGUUUUCAUUACACAUCUUCCUUGUUAACAGUGACAGAACAGAUUACUUUUACUCAAGUAACAAAUGCACUGAGUGAGAGCCUUUGAAGUUAAGUAGACCGAAGUAAUUGACACGGAAUAUGAAAUUCUACUACAUGAUUUCUUGCGUCAUAAUCUUGUAUAAAAGCAUGGACACGUUUGUAAGAAGUCAUUCUUAUAAUGAAGGUAUGUUUAAGAACCUUUUUUUCUAAUGCUCUUGGAACGCUAACAGUUAGCCAAAUUUUGCAGCAAUUUAACAGAGGAGGGAUAUUUUGUGCAUUUAACAGAAUUGCGGUUUAGUUGAUAAAAUUCCCCCGUGCUGCAGUUUUCGAAUUAAAUACAACCAUUAUUUCUCCACUCUGUUCCAUGUUUUUGUUUUUUUCGAUUUGAUAUAUUCUUUUUCGUAGUGAGCUCAGCCCUCUAAGUUACUAAAAUGCAAGCUCUUUGACAGAAACUUACGGAAAAGUAUUCUUAAACGUUUAAGUAACUGGUCUGUUACUUACUGAAAAGAGUUCACGUAAUGUUUUGUUUCCAAGUCAGUUGUUUUUCCAUAAAUUUUAUACUAUAUGCUUUUUUAAAAACAUUUUGACAUAUCUGAGUGCUUAAAAGUCGCUUGACAUUAAGUAUUAUACGGGACUUAAGACGCUUAGUUAAUUAACCAAUGCUGCGUUUAGAAGGUUAGACCCUGCAGCAGCUAACAGCUAGAUAUCUAAGGUCUUGUGUUUUACUUUGAGUAUCACCACCAACUGGAGACUCAGCUGGAGUUAUUUGGAAACAAGUCAAAUGCGACUACAUGGUGGAGAGUGUUAAGUCUUGACUGUCACGUCCUGUGAAUUUUUUAAUGAAGGGAAGUUGACCUCCAACAAUGCAAUAUUUACCUAGAUUCAUGGCAUUCAGAUUUAGACUGUGUUUGAAUUAUUUACGCUGACAAUUUCUGAAUUAUUUACGCUGAUGUUAUCGCAUUAAUUAUAGAUGGUAAGACGUUUCACAUAGUUAUAUACUAAUUUUACAUAAUAUAGCUUUAGGUUAUCAGGAACAGGCUUGAUAUCGUACUUGACAGAGGCAAAAUAUGAUGAACAAAAAUAGUCACAAUUUUCAUCGAUAGGCUGUUACAGGUGGAGAGGGAUGGUUGGUGGGGGGAAAGGGUGGGGUAGUGAUUGUUUAGGGUGGAGAAGUGGGAGUAGCCUGUGUACAUACCCCCCUCCCCUCAGGAAAAAUGAGUGUAGUUGUCAAUGUGAUGAUUUUCAGAUUCCCUGCUAUGUAUUGACGACAGGCCCUAAAACCUAUCAAAAUCCCUCAUUUACAUGGUGCAGUGAUAGAUCAUUCUCUCUUGUCUACAGGUAACAGCUAAUCAAAUUAUUUUCCACACAUUCCGGGAAAAAUCACGUGGCCUCCAUACACGAUUAGCAACGGUGAAUCACAGACCCCUCUUCUCCGAUUAUUCCUGACGGGAGGGGGGCUGGGGUCUGUACACAGGCUGAGGUGGGAGUUUUUCAUUUCAGCGUCAGAAUUUUAACAUUCUGCGGAGCUUAACUAGAGACUAUUGUUGUUGGGCCAUCGUAGUUUGAUCAAAAAUAAAACACAAACAGCGGUGAUAAACAUUGUGAGUUUUCGCAUUUUUUAUAAACUUGACGUUUCGUAUGCUAUUCAAAAUACAUUUUCAAAAUUGAUCUUAAGUGACCGUUGAAGAGAGAAUGCUAACCGCUGAACAAUAUGCGGAAUCCUUAUUUAAAUUUGAAUAAGAAACCCCAAUGAACUCUAUUACAAGUGUUAGAAAUAUAGUUCUGCUAUUUUUUUCCUUAAGGUCCUUGUCGCGAAUUGGCGUUCCCAAGUUUUCUUUUCUUAACCGACAAGCGCCUGAUGAACCACACCAUAAAAACUUUAAAAGUUCGCGAUCUGGAUGAGUGUGAGUUGAGGUGUUACUACGAGCACAAUUGUGUCAGCCUUAAUUUUGAAAACAAAAUGGUUGGAAAUGGAAAAUACAGCUGUGAAUUGAACAAUUCUACACACGGAGAACACGAUGAAGACUUUGUGGAGGCAUCAAAUUUCCUUUACCGCGGAACAAACGUAAGAUCAUUAAAUUUUAACGUUAUCCAGUCUCCGAGCCUAUUAAUACCAUAACCCAACGCCUCGUCCAAAGGGAAAUGGCUGGAGCUCACCCUUUGGGCUUGACUGUGUUACAAUAUUUUGCAAAGAUCAAAAAUUAAGGAGAUAGUUUCCCCCCCCCAACUAAAUCUGACAACUACACUAGGUCUCUUCCUUUCGCCAUUAAGCACCUUAAAACAACGCCUCCUUAUGUAUGUAAGACGGGCUAAUCCCUAAACCCGACGCUUAGAGUUGGGCUCGGACUGACAAUCUUUACUCAUUUUCCUUGAAUCAUGAUAAGGCGGACACCUCUAGCAAAGGUUUCGAAAAGGCUCAGAAGCAUAAAACAAUAUCUCUUUUCCAUAAUAUUUUCCCCAGAAUCCUUGUGGUAGUUCUCCAUGCAAAAAUAAGGGGACUUGUCAAUCAGGAUUUACCAAGAAAGGAUAUCACUGCUUGUGUCGAGGCUGGACAGGUGCAAACUGCCAAAUGGGUAGGUCUGAAAAAUAGACUAAAUGAACGCAGUAGUUAUGAAACCACGCAAGCUGUACCGCACUUAAAAGGAAGAAACCACAUGUGAGAACAUUAAUUUGAAAAAAAAGUAUAUAAUCCGCUGUAAUAUUAGCCCUGCCAUUGUCGACAAAACCAUCACAAGCGCAUCAAGCGCAGGGCGUUCCAGACGGAAGCAGCGUUUUCAGGAGCUUGUGCAUUGAUGAAAGAGUUUUCCUUUCACUUUGGAGUGGAUUCAGGAUUUGCAGCACGUUUCUCUUUACUUUCACCUUCGUUUAGCCUAAAAUUCUCGAUCUGAGUUAUAAUUUGAAGUUGAGUUAAUUUUCGGGGGACCGUUGACCUGCCGUGUAAACGAGACAGUUCCACUGUCCAGUCAUCGUUUUCUUUGCAAAGUAACUGAAUGAGUCUUCUAAUAACUAUCUUCACCUAGAUAUUAACGAAUGUGAUGAAAACAGUCACGAGUGUAGCCAGAACGCAGAUUGUAAAAACACAAAGGGAUCUUACAGAUGCAACUGCAAGACUGGAUUCUAUGGAGAUGGAUACAACUGCACAGGUAUCCCAGUGUUUACUUGGGUCCUUAGUUGUUGUAAACAGUUCAGAAAAGAUCUAACCAUCAAUAAACUGCAAAAGAUCAUCCUCUUAGGAGCGGCACGUAUACUAAGAAGAUUUCUGUCCAUCCAGUAAAAUAUCCCUCUAGCAACUCAGGACCAAGGAAUGGGCCAGUUUCUAACAGACUACAAGGAACAACAACAAUAAUAAUAAUAAUAAUAAUAAUAAUAAUAAUAAUAAUAAAUUAAUUAAUUAAUUAAAGAGCCGGUAUCCAGAAGAAAAGGUAGAAGAGUGGAUUUUAAAUCCAGCGUGCUGAUGGAAGUUGAAAGCUCAGUUAUAAGCGAGGUAUUAUUUCUCUGGCCAAGAAGACGAAAAGGGGAGCUUGUAGCAGAAAUAUUAUGCUAGUAUCAUCCAUUGAUCUAUUUGCAUAGGAAAGAGAGGGAGAGAAGACUUAAAAGAAAGGGUGGCUUAUUCACUGUCUUCCGCUUUAUAAAGAAUAUAAACGCAAGUGAGAUGUAAGUAGUUAAUUCACACUAUUACAACACUAUUCUAGAUAUCAACGAAUGUCAAGAAGAACUGAGAUGUGGAAAGAACGCAGCUUGCACGAACACUGAAGGAUCUUUCAGAUGCACCUGCAAUAUUGGUUACUAUGGAGACGGAUACAUCUGCACAGGUAUACCACCGAUAGAGCAAACUUCCCAAGACUGAAAGCAGUUGCAAGCGAGGGUAAAAGACAUCACUGAUUUUCUGAUCACCAUCAGAAAAACAGCCUGAAGUAUGAUGAUGUUUACCGGUUUGAGGUUGCCAAUAGUUCCUGGUAAAGAAAAAAAAAACGGCCGUGCAAUAAAGUGUUAACAAUAACUGGUGCGCUAGAUGGAGAAUUUUUUUUCUUUAGCUUUUGUAAAAAAAACCCACUGCACUGAACACCAACGAAUCUUCUAAAGUCUGAGGCAUUGGCUGCUUUGACAGUUAUGAUCGUUAAUCACGUAAAUCGUAAACUUUUAAACAAAACAUCAUAUGAGAAAGGACUGGUUUGUUUUUUAGAGGAGUUAAGGAAAACUCUUUAACAACUGCCUCUGGCAACAUAGUGUCUCAUCGCUAGCAGAAAUGUUGAUCAGUCUGAUAUUUUUCUGACGAGGUAAAAACUGGUUUGGCUGCUCUUCUGAUUUAAUUCUUCUCGAUCUUAAUAAUAAUUAUGCUUAUGAAAAUUUCGCUAUUAAAUUGUCUCCUAUGGUUUCUCUUUUAACACGAACAAAUUGAUUAUCUCACUGUCACAGUCAUCUCACUCUCUGAUCUUAAAUAUCUUUUGUUCUCAAACUAGAGUGUUACGCAAUAUUUGACUUCGAAGACCAUGAUUUGUCAAAUUGGACUUUGAAUGGUACAGCAUUCAAUAAUCAGCCAACAUACGGGAAUAACACGUUAUCAAGGAAGGGUAGGGCUUGGAGCAACCACAAAGGGGAUUGGUGGAUUAGUACCUUCGAGAAUCGGCCCAGUCCCUCUGAGCCGUUUGGGGGACAGCAAGGUGAUGGUCCUCAAGGCUCAUUGACGUCACCCAGUUUUCAGAUUACUGGAAAGUUGCUUACCUUCCUGAUUGGAUCAGGCUGCGACAAGAGUUUUCCAAACCUUCGUGCCGAGCUUAUUAUUGGUGGGGAAGUGGUUCGCAAUAAGACGACAAAGGCGUGUGAUGAAGCUAUGAAAGAGGAAAGCUGGAAUGUAACAGAUUACGCUGGUAAAAAUGCCCAGUUGCGUUUGGUUGACAAUUCCUCAGGGGACUGGGGUCACAUCAAUUUUGAUCACUUACAAGCUUGCCAUAAACUCAUUUCAGAUAUGGAUUCUUGA